ACCGCGCAUGCGCGGUUCUGCUUGUUGCCCCCUGUCAUGGCGGCCUGCGUGAGAAUCCGCUCUCUGGCAAGGGUCACCAGCCGAGCUCUGAGCACCGCCGGCGGAAGACAGCAAAAAGCGUUGGCGGAGGAGGCGACAGAUCAUGAAGAGGCAAGAAAAACUUUCACAGAUCUUCAAAAAGAAAGACAAGAGCAGGCGGAACACACGGUGUUAAUUAGCUGCCCUCCUAAUAUUAACGAAAAUAAAUUCUUGAAGUAUUUAUCGCAAUAUGGAAAUGUAGCCAGUCACUUCUUUUAUGAAAGCUAUGGUACCCAUGCGGUGGUAGAAUUUUUGGAAAAAGAAAGCGUAGAAUCAUUACGCGCUGCAACCAAUGUCCCCCGCGCCGACGACGAAUGCAUUGUACCGUUCAAAUCCCGACUUUUCGUUUUCAAAUCGGAGCGUGCGAUGGAUCGUGUCCCGGUUCACUGCCUCAAGCAAGCUGCGGUUCCUGUAAAUGAAUUAAUUCAGAAGUUAUGUAAAGCUGAAAACGUGAAUGAACAGGCACAGGCACUCAUGGAGGAAUACCAGCUAACAGACGAGAAUAUACGUCUCCGCUUCCUUGUGUCUUCACUCAUAAGGGAUGUAGCCGCUGCCUACUUUCCAGAAGCCACAGUAAAUCCCUAUGGGUCCACGGUGAAUUCUUUUGGCAAACUGGGCUGUGACUUGGAUCUCUUUCUAGAUUUGGAUACCAUUGGGAAAAGCGGGACUGGAAAGUCAGCAGGACCUUUUACCUCGGAGUAUUUGAUGAAGCGCGUUCCGUCUGGGAGAGUAAUGACGCAGAGGAUCCUCUCUGUCAUCGGCGAAUGUGUAGACAAUUUUGGUCCAGGAUGUACGGGGGUUCAGAAAAUAUUAAACGCACGUUGUCCUUUAGUGCGGUUUACGCAUCAGCCUGCGGGACUACAAUGUGAUCUCACAGCAGACAACAGAAUUGCCUUGAGAAGUUCCGAGCUGCUUUACUUAUAUGGCCAUUGCGACCACAGAGUUAGACCUCUAGUGUUCACAUUGCGAUGCUGGGCUCGUGUCCAUGGAGUAACAAGUGCCAUUCCAGGGGCAUGGAUAACAAAUUUCUCUCUUACCACCAUGAUCUUAUUUUUCCUCCAGAAAAGGCGUCCCCCCAUUAUACCAACACUGGACCAACUAAAAAACCUUUCAGGUAAAGAAGACAAGCAUAUUGUUGAUGGUCAUGAUUGUACAUUUGUCAGCAAUCUGAACAAGAUCAAACCAUCUGAAAACUCAGAAUCUGUAGAUUUACUGCUCAGCGAAUUCUUUGAAUUUUACGGAAACUUUGAUUUUACUAAGAAUUGCAUCAAUAUCCGGAAGGGAAAGGAACAAAACAAGCCUGAUUCUUCGCCUUUAUACAUCCAGAAUCCGUUUGAACAGACGCUAAACGUAAGCAAGAACGUUAACCAAACCCAGUUGGAAAGGUUUGUCGCUAUAACACGAGAAAGUGCCUGGAUUUUACAAGAACAGUUGAACCGUCCUUCGGAAAGAGACAAUCAUCCUUGGGGUUUGGCUGCGGUGCUGCUGCCUUCACUGUCUCAGGGCAUUGGGAAGGCAAAGAGGAAACGGAAGAAAGGCAUGGCGAGCGACAGAGUCAAAAGUCUUCUGGAGUCUUUGAAGACUGAUGGGAAAGCUAGGUAGCUGCCUGUAAGGAAAUCCGACGGUACACUAAACUCUGAGAUGUUGAUUUAUUAUGAUGACUCUGGCCAAACUUCAGAUGACAAAAACUGUCCAAAUGAACCUGAAGUCUUCAAAAACACUUUUUUGGAAACAGAUGGCGUUGAAUUAGUGUGUAUAGAAUAAUUAAUGACUCCUUUCAUAUGUAACUCAUUUUUAUAUUGGAACCCAACAAAAUGUUGGACAAAUCUAAUAAAAUUGUUGGGUUAUUGUUCAGAA